AUGAUUCCAGUGAAAGCUGUCCUUGGGUCUGGUACAGAGGCGGUAUCGUCAUCUGACGGCUUCAACAUCGACACGUCACCACCACUGUUCGACCCUGACCUCAUGCUCUACAUCGACGUCACUCAGGGCAACUUCACCCCUGUGACGUACCAGGGAUCCAACGACACUAUUAAGGCUAUAUGGAAGUGCAACGAUAACGAGAGUGAAAUUGUGAACUACGACUGGGCAAUAGGCAAGACGCCAGGUGGAGAAGAGUUGCAGACAUUUGUCUCAGCAGGAGAAUACCCAACCUCAACUAACUCCGAUCUUGGAGGCCUCCUGGAACACAACACGACGUACUACGUGACCGUCAGAUGUACCAACGGGGGUGGGCUGGUCACAACAUACGCUGAUCCCAGAGGUGUGACGGUGCUGCUUAAGUCUCCUUUGGUUGAUGACGUCAUCACGACGAUACAGGGAGCUGAUCCACUAGGGGAGACAGUGACGCCACCAAAUUCCAUUGCAACCAAGGACCAGAAUAUUGUAGGUGCUUCCUGGACGGUAUCUGAUGAUGAGAGCAUCCGGAGAUACGAUUUCUGUGUGGGGAAUUCCGAGACCAGCAUCAGUGACAUCUUCCCCUGCACCUGGGUCGGCUACAACGAGUCGGGGACGAUCACAGUAGCUGAUGGAUACCUCAAACUAAACGGCAAUGUUGUCUACACACUGAGCCAGCUGAAGACAAAUUACAACGCAUCCAACACCACCACGGACAGGUCAGCCUUCACCAUGGCUCCAGGCACAGAGAUGUUCAUCUUCAUGAAGAUGUGUAAUGAGGCCCAGUUGUGUACCACCAUAUUGCUGGGCUCUACCAUAGUGGAGACGGACAAGUCCUCGAUGGCGACGUCGUCAGAUGGUUCUGCCGUUACUGUAGAUGUUGGUGGUGGUGCUAGAAGAAAGAGGGAUGUUUCAGGAGUAACUGUGUCAACACCAGAUGGCCUACAAACUGGUCAGAGCAUCGUAGUCACUGAGCUCACAAAGCUGGAUCUAGAGACGGAAUACAAGUCUGACGCCUCGGUGGAGUUCGUCCCAUACAUCACUGACCCAUCUACGUCAACCACAGAAGAUGCCUUCACGGACAGAAUCCUCAGAAAGAGGCUCAACUACCAGGAAACCGACCUCUCGUUCUCUCUCACCAGCAUUGGUAAUCUUCCCAUGCCAGGACCGGUGAAAGUGACCUUCACCUAUGAUCCCACGGUGACCAACACAACGUUGAUGCUGCUUCACUGGAACACAGAUGCCAAACAGUGGCAACAGAGCAACAAGACCUGUCAACAUGAAACAGGCACGGAGGUCAGAGACCCGGGGACCUCUCGGGUCAUGGUCAAAGUGAGUGUUUCAAUAUCUUCACAAUCGCAUAGAUAA